GAAGGAAGCAGAGAGAUUCUGGUUUCUCUUUUCCUUUUUUCUUUUAUUAGGUAUUACGACAUAAACACAUAGCUUCCACUGGCUCAAUUUCCCCAUCUCACAAGAGUAGAAUCAAAGCAAACCCGAUAUCCUACUACUCAUUUCUUCAUAUACACCAAAACCACUCCUCAAGCACAAGAAUCCUGGAGAGAAAAGAAAAAUACUUUUCUUUUUCCGCAGUCUUCUUUUUGACAGAGAAUGCACAGAAGAGAGGAUGAUGACAGCAGCAGCUCCCUGCGGCCUCGGGGCAUUUGCCGUCGGCUGCUUCGAUUUGUUGUGGCUAAACUAUGGAUAUUAGGAGAGAAAGAGAUGAAUGAAGAUAAGCCUGAGAGGAACAAACUAAUCAAGAAGGGAUCAAUGUCUGACAUCACUAUUCAUUUCAAGCAAUUAGAAGACUCUGAGGAUGACGACAAAUGCAAGAACAAUUCCCCUGGCUCGUCAAGCCAAGAAUCAGAGAGAGAGACAAUGAUAACACUAGCUAAUGGUAGUAACGGCCCAAAUAAGAGGUUACAGGAGAAGGUGGAAAAGAGCAUCCUGGGUGAGCCGAGCCCUAAGCAACAAGUCACUCAGCCUGAAGCAGGGAAACCAUCACCGCCUCAGAGACGUCUGGGCCCCCUACUAAAUGAUAUAAAUAAGAAAUCAGAUGCUUUUAUCGAGAGUACACUCGAGAAGAUGAGGAAAAGCUUAGCCUAGAACUAAACACAUGAGCCUCCUUCUUCUCUGGCUUUCUCUGUCGAGCUAAACUCAAUUCUUUAAUUUUCUUUAAAUUUACCAGCUGCAUUCUUGAUAAGAAAACAUAUAUGUACUCGCACUUCUAUUUUGAACAAUAAUUCAUCUCAGAACUUUAAGAUU